AGUAUGAUGUGCAUGUUGGCAGAUAACGGAAGUCUAAAUGUGUAUGAAUCCUUUUCCUUCACAUGUUUGCUAGUUCUUAUGGCUAUGGGUUUUGUUUUACCCAACAUAGUAUCAAUUUGGGAGCUUCUCUUCUUCUUUUUACUUUUCUUCUCUUUUUGAGGUUUUUGUAAAUUACUGUCAUUUCUUAAUAUUAAUUGAGGGACUGUUAUUCCCAGGAAGGUUUUGCUCCCAAAAAGUACUUUUCUAUAGAUCGUGUAUUCAGAAAUGAAGCUGUGGAUCGAACUCACCUUGCAGAGUUUCACCAGAUAGAAGGGCUCGUAUGUGAUCGAGGACUUACUCUUGGCGACUUAAUUGGAGUUUUCAAUGACUUUUUUUCUCGUCUUGGUAUGUCCAAGCUGAAAUUCAAGCCUGCUUACAAUCCAUACACUGAACCCAGCAUGGAAAUUUUUGGUUAUCACGAAGGCCUAAAGAAAUGGGUGGAAAUUGGAAAUUCUGGCAUGUUUAGACCUGAGAUGCUGCUUCCGAUGGGACUCCCAGAAGAUGUUCGGGUUAUUGCAUGGGGCCUUUCCCUAGAAAGACCAACCAUGAUAUUGUAUGGGAUUGAUAGCAUCCGGGAUCUCUUUGGUCACAAGGUGGAUCUUAGUCUCAUCAAGAAAAACCCCCUAUGUCGAAUUGGAAUAGAGUAGAAUGGGGUGGUGUUUUUUCCUGAUAUUUAUAUCAAAGUUUUCCUUUUUAAUACUUGCCCCCCCUCUUUGGGAAUUAAAUGCAAAUUGAUCCCUUUUUGAAAGUGGUUAACGACAAGAAAACCCCAAUUUUAGUUUUUGUUUUAUUUUGUAGCAAAUGCCAGGCAAUGUUCCAGCUUAGAUUGUAAUAUUUGAUGAGUCUCCAAUUCUUGGCACAGCGCGUUAGUCUCACCAGUUUUGUAAACGAAUUUCGAUGUGUUGUCUGCAUAUGCAUUCAAUCUUUG